AAAAAAAAGUGAAUCCACCGUCUGAUGUGGAUCCCAGUGUCCAUCUCCUUUAUAUUCUCCCAGUCCAACACGAGUCAUCCCAUCCAUCAUCAACACAAACAACAAAGAUUCUUCCUUUAUCCAUCUCCUCUGCUCUGGUGAAAUACGGCUCUUCGCAAGUAUUUGUUUGGAUUGAGGUUUCAAGAACAUGUCUGGUGGAGAGGUUAGAAACGUAUCACCCGGAGAUAUACAAAUGGUUCAAAAUCUCAUAGAACAGUGUCUGCCAUAUUAUAUGACUCAGAAACAAGUCAUAGACAUUAUCUAUCAGCAAGAGAAGAUAGAGCCGAGCUUUACCAAGCUUGUUUGGCAGAAACUUGAAGAGCAAAAUCAAGAAUUUUUUAAGGGAUACCAUUUGAGGUUGAUGGUGAAAGAUCAAAUAAUGGAAUUUAAUAAGCUUCUUGAUAGACAGGCUGCAUUGAUGCAACAAUUGGGCCCGGCCGGAGUCAAUUUUCGAGCUCAGUCUAAUGGAUCUCAUCUGCCACCAAUGCGUCAGAAUUCAACAUGUUACGCACCCGAAAACACUAGUAUUCCACUGAAGACCGAAAACAUUUCCACCUUCUCAAGAGGAUUCGACAACUGUGGACUACCAAUACCCUCGGGGGACUUGCAACCUCAUUCUAGAAGGAUUAACGCUCCACCAAAUAUGUUGUUGGCCCACGUUGGAAGAACAAACGGUGUCUUGGUGAAAAACGAAUCAAGUUAUUUGGGAAAUAACUCAAGGUUUAUGUAUGGAACCAAUGGGAAUGUUCUAGAACCACAGCCCGCAAUCGGUAAUGCUUCCGCUUCGUCUUUUAGUUGUCUGGAAUCUGACCCGCAUCAGUUGAAUGGAUCACUUCUUAAUGAUGGUUCUUUGUACGGUUUGUUGGGUCCUAUGCCGCAGAACUAUGGGUUGUCGGACUCGACCCCCGACUUCACCAAUAGCUCUGACAUGCUAGAGAACUUCUCUCGGUCUGCUUUUCUAUCAUCCGAUAGAGACAGUUUCCUGGACUCUCAUAGUAGUACCGUAGAGCAUCAAGGAGAAAAUAAGAGAUUGGACAUUCCAGAAAACUUAAGUUUUGACGAUUUUGGCAGCGAAUCGUAGAACAAUCAAACGAAUCUUUGUAAAUAGCUUGAUUGUGGGAGGCUUCAAGUGUUGUAGAUUGGUGUGUGCAAUGAAGAGGUACACGACAGCAGUUCAUGGUAUUUUUUCGGCUGAUAUCACAGGGGCAUAUGAGGAAAGCAUUAAAUGAACACGUACCGGACAAGAUUUGUUAAAACUCUGUUAGUUGCUCCAUCAUCAAUUGUUGUAAUGAAGCUGGUUAUAAUAUGAUAUUAUUUGAGAGAUGAGGAAUAUUAAAGGUAGAAAGUAAACAGCUUAUUUAGAUUUGUUUACAUCUUAGCUCAUCCAAAUUUCAUGACACUUGUAGCAAAAUAUAUUAUGUAAUUUUAGUUUGUUUAUAUAACCAUUUUAUAUCA